AUGGGACGAGGGCAUGAGGCGUGCUUCGAGCUCUUAUUGAGCCACGGGGCUGACCCUACCGAGGUCCAGCUUGGUGAAAGCCCAGAGUAUUUGAUCCAACUUGUGGUCGAAUCAGGCCGCCAGUCACUCGUCCAAAUUUCAACCCGCCGAGGCUUUGCGCUUGAAAUUGCACGCCGGCAACAACGGAUAGAGAAGGGUCCAUACUUUUAUCCGCAAGUCGUGGAGGUGUGGCGAAGCUGGAAAACCUUUGUGAAAACGGAUUCGACCUAG